AUGUCGACUUUCCCAUCGGUAUCCGACGAGCGUGUCUGCUCGGUAACUGCAGCACUGGACAGGACGAUGAGUAACCUUGGGCCUAUUGAAGACCGGGUCAAUGCAGACACUGGUAACAUAGACGCACAUGCAGCACUCGAAGCCAAUGUUGCCAUGCUGCAUUUAAUGGGGAGGCCACCGCUUGAUGAGCUGCAAGUCGUUGGCCAAGGAUCGAUGCUCUCCUUGUUUCCAAAAGAUGACGAUGCGAUAACUAGCUACUCAAGCUGUUCUUUUGCAUGCUGCUCUGCGAGACGGACUGAACGAGACCAUGCAGAGCGCCUGUAUGAACACGAUGGAUGCGUUGCGGAUGAGCAGAUUAGUCGUAUGGCUUCGAAAAUCGCGGCAAAACCAUCCGCGGACUCAAGGGCGCCAAGUCUGACCAAUAAAGAAAACAGCUUCGCAAGCUCGCUGGCAUUGCAAUCCGCGCUACAAACAGAGUGGGAAUAUACACAGCGGAAGCGUGACAAGGACGGGAAUAUGUUUGGCGGCUUUGCGCGUCCAGUUGACCGCGAGAAAGUCGCAAUCUGGCUCAGUCAACAGGAAAGCAUCAAAACGGAGAUAAUGGACUAUAUCUCAGAUGUACAGUACCGCAGCGUUGUCCAUCCUCCAUUUAGGCAGCCUACGACGAAUGUGACAGCGAAUAUCCAGCAAAAAUCUGCUGAUAUUGAAGACGGUGCAUUUACCACUGGUCACGGCUUCCAUCGGCCGACUGUGUAUACGAAAUGCGCACCUGCCUUGACAAAGCGGUCAGCCGACUCUUGCAAUAUCUUCCUAGAGUGCAUUGGCCUUCCAGUUUCCAAGGAAGAUUAUCGAACAAUCACCAACAAAGAGGUCGAUAACCUGCCAAACUGGUCUGAUGCUGAAGAUGAUCCGGGAUACGAUGUGUUCGAAAAACGGCAGAUCCAACGGUCUAAAUCAGCGAUUUCGUGGCCGUCUAAGACUCAUGUGAAGACAAGUAAUGUGACAACCGAUAAUGCACAUUCACGGCGACACUCGAUAAUGACGGACGUGGAAUUUGAGGCGCUGCCCGACUGGUUCGAUGUAGAGGACGAUCCAGAAUACAACGAAGUCAUGGAGUGGUCGCUUACAAAUAGUUGUUACUCUUCCAAGAGCACACAAGACGUGCCGGCUAUGGUAUCCCCCAGCAGUGGACGCGCUCAUGGCUUCGAGGUUUGCAGGUGGUAA